AUGACAUACUCAAAAAUAAUUUCAGGAGAUUUACCCGAAUUAACAUAUGAAAUUAUACAAUAUUUACGAAAUGAUAUUUCAACAUUGUAUUCAUGUAUUUUAGUUAAUAGAUUAUGGUGUCGUUUAACGAUUCCAUUAUUAUGGGAAGAUCCUUUUUCAAUUAAAGAAUCUAAAAAUUAUCAUUUCAUUGAAAUUUAUUUAAAAUGUUUAAAUGAAAAUGAUAAAGAAAAAUUACAAGAUUAUGGUAUUAAUAAAAAUUUAUUUCCUUUAAAUACAUUAUUAUUCAAUUAUCCUAGUUUCAUUAAACAUUUAAAUACAUGGGAUAUUAUUUCAAUUAUUAAAUUGUGGGCUAUAACAGUUAGAAAUUUAUCAACUGGAGAAAUUGGAAAUCAAUCAAAUCAAAUUACAUUACAAUCAUAUCCAGAAUAUGAUCUUUUUAAAUUUAUAUAUGAAUCAUUAUUUAAAAUAUUUAUUGAAAGAGAAGCAAAUUUAAAUACUUUUGAUAUUUUUAUCUUUUCAAAUGAUGAUUGUGAUUAUUUUAAUAUUGCUUUUAAAUUAAUUUUACAAAAUCAAAGUUUCAUUCAUAAUAUCAAAAAUUUAAAUUUAACCAUUUACUCAGCACGUAUAAAUAUAACAACAAUUAUUCCUUAUUUAAAAUCAAUUAAUACAAUUUCAUCACUUUAUUAUAACUUUUAUGGUCAUGGUUAUAAUCCGAAGAAUUUUAAUAAAAUUCAUUUAUCACAAAUAAUUAAUUCCCAAAACAAUCUCAAAAAAAUUGUUUUUGAUUCAAGUAGAAAUCCCAUAAAUUAUUUAUUUACUUCAUUAAAACAUUCCAAUUCUUCCAAUACUUUAAGAAUAAUUACUUUUCGUAAAAUUGUUUUUAAUGAUACUUUUAAUGAAGUAUUUGAACAAUUAAAUGUUUUAGAAUCUAUUCAUAUUAUUGAUUGUAAAGCUUUAAAUUCUUUUAUUCAACAAAUUCUUGAUAUUACCAAACCUUUUAAAUUAAAAACUUUAUUUAUGAAGAAGGAAUUACCAAAUAUUGAUUUAUUACAAUUAUUAUUACAAAAAUCUGGUAAUUAUAUAGAAAAUGUUAGUUUUGGGCCAUUAAUGAAUAAUGAUACAAAACGAAAAUCAUUUGAAUUAAUUACAAGAUAUUGUAAAAAGAUUCAAUUUCUUGAGUUACUCGGAUUUGAUCAUCAAAAUAUUUAUUCAUUAUUAUUAUUCAAUUUGGUUCAAAAUCUUAAUUACCUUUCAAUUUAUUAUAUUGAUGCUAAUUUAUUUGUAUUACAAAAUUUAGAUCAAAUCCUUCCUUUUAAAUUAGAAUAUUUAAAUUUAAAUUUUUUUAUUGAAAAUGCAAGUGAUUUUGAAAUAUUUUUAAGAAAUUCUCGAAAUAUUUUUAUCAAUAGAUUAUGUAUUAAAAUUAGGAUGCGUGAAAGUGUUGAUAUUUUACCUUAUAUAAAAGAAUAUAUUAUGAAAAAGAAAAGAGUUAAAUAUUUAGGUUUUAAGGUGAAAGAUGUUGAUUUAUUCUCUUUAAAAGAUGAAGUAAAGGAAUUUGAAUUAUAUAAUAUUAAGGUUCAAAAUUAUUAUUCUUCAAGUACUGAAUUUGUUUAUUAUUUAAAAGAAAAAUGUAUUAGUAGUUAA